AUGUACCACGACAGAUCCGUCUACAUCGUCCAAGAACCCGAGCAACCUUCUCCAAUGUCGGCACACUUCGAUGUAGACCUGUGCCAACUGCUACAGACUAUGAACUUAAGUGAGAAGCAACAGUCGGCAGGCGCCUACGGAGUCUCAAGUAUUCCCGUAAAGCACACCGAAGACCAAUUGAUGGACUCGGAUCCCCACUACCACUCGGACGCGAGAUCGGAUUGCUCGGAAUCAAGUGCAAAUACAGGGCCCGCCGAAACCUAUUACGGGUGUGCCUACCUCCAGGCUAUUCAGUCGCAGAUCGACAACUACCCAACCACCGGAGGAGAAUACGUCGAGGCUAUAUUCACCCAUCGCGAGAUCUUCGCAGCGCACCCGGUGGCCCAUCGCGAUUGCGCGAGAGGGUUUAGUGAUAUUGCGUCUGUGCUGGAGAAGAGGGCUUGGAGGGCGGAUCGCGAGGCUGAUGUUGAAGCUGUGUCUGCGUUCAGACAUGAAGCGUGGAUGGUUGCGAAUUCAUUGUGA